AUACCUUUUCUAAAUCUUUUAACAUCUAAAGUAUACAAGAAAAUUUGUUAUCAAUACCCAAUCGAAUGCACUGUCAACCUAUUCAAAAACUAAUACCAAUUUUGAUAUCGUUCUCCUCGCAACUGACAGCGCCCUCAUGCAUUGACAAUCACAUUUGCCCGAACUACACGUUCAAACAUACACAAACGCUGGUGGGUUCCCAUUCAUACACAUAUCCACACACUCAAUCGUAAGAUUCAAAUAGUAUUCAGUGUAUUUGCCGACAAUAGCACCGUAGGAUCGCUGAGCGCGAGUAUUAAUGAAUUACUGAAAGAAGUAAGAGCGAUACGUUCGGGUCGAGUAUAGAGAAAGAAAAAGUGCCUUAGCCCAUAAGCGACACAAAUGUUUUGAUUUUAGUCGAUCGCAGUGUGUGUGGUGGCAUUUAGUGGAUAAAUUGUGUAUGAAAAUUCCAAAAAAAGUGUGAAACAAUCGAAAAGAGUGGUUGUUAAGAAAAAAGUGCCAUUGAAAAUUUUGAUUGUGAUAAUUCAAUCGAGGAGAGAGAAAAUAAAAAUAUUGAGAGAAAAUGUCGCGAUAUAAUCAAUCAUCUGGACCAUCGAGUCACACCCAAACGUAUAAAAUCGUUGUUGUCGGGGGAGGCGGUGUAGGCAAGUCAGCAAUAACAAUUCAAUUCAUACAAAGCUAUUUUGUUACGGACUAUGACCCAACCAUUGAAGACUCAUACACAAAACAGUGUGUUAUCGAUGACGUACCCGCUAAAUUGGAUAUUCUCGAUACAGCUGGACAAGAGGAAUUCAGUGCAAUGCGUGAGCAAUACAUGCGAUCGGGUGAAGGUUUUUUGCUCGUCUAUUCGCUGACAGAUCAUAAUAGCUUUGCCGAAAUUAGUAAAUUUCAAAAACAAAUUCUACGCGUUAAGGAUCGAGAUGAAUUUCCAAUGUUGCUGGUAGGAAAUAAAUCGGAUUUGGAACAUCAACGACGGGUUUCGUUGGAGGAAGCGCAGCAGUUCAGUUGCUCCGUUGGAAUGCCAUACAUUGAGUGCAGCGCAAAAUUACGUAUCAAUGUGGACCAAGCGUUCCAUGAGCUCGUGCGUAUCAUUCGCAAAUUCCAAAUAGCCGAACGGCCCUAUGUUGAAGACAACUACAAACGCAAAUCGAAGAGAAAGUGUUGCAUUUUAUAAGAGAGAAAGAGAGAGAAACAACCAGCGAAAGACCAUUCACACAAUUCCGAUUCGCCUCAUCCUCAUUGUAUUUACACACCACUACCACCAACCACCAACAGCACAGAAGACAUCAAUCCUUCUGGCCAAAAAAAAAACGAUUCAUACCAUUUUACCAGUUCACAUUGAUUUUUACAAUGAGAUUUAGCUCUAUUAUUUUUACACAUGGACCAUGUGUCAUGGUUGUACCCAACUAUGUUUUUUCCCUAAUUUUUUUUUCGUUUCACAUUCUUUUUUAUGUUUAAUUUUGUUUGAUGUUUUAAAGAACAACCACUUAAUUAAUUUAUUUAAACGAUCGAAAGGAGUCAUUCUUUUCAAUGCAACGAAGUAACUUAAUGUAGAUCGAAAGCAUACCCUUUGUUUUGCAUCUUUUGUAUUUUGAUGAACAAUUUGAUUGUACUUUUGUUUUUGGAACAGCUUCCUUUUUGAAAAUGAGAGCUGUGUGUUCAUUGUUGCACCUCACAAAAAUCGCGUUUCCUAAAAUUAAGAUAUAGACGUGCCUUCUUCGAUGUUUGUAGAAUCGAAUUGUUUUUUUUAAUCUAUUUUUUUCACAAUUUUUCAUUAGAAAACCUGAUAAUAUUUUGAGAAAGAAAGUACAAUGAAAAUUUUAAAUAAAUUGUGUGUGCGAUUUGAUAUCGCAAAAAAAACAGAAUAGCCAUUUUAUGUCCAUAUUCAAGAACAAGCAGCUUUACUUGUAUAAAAAAAUUAAUCAAAUCAGCAAACAUGUAAUAGACCGCGUGCAAUUAAAAAAAAGGAAAUAUACGUGUCAUAUCAGACAUAGAGAGAAAGUAUUUUAUACCUAACAUUUACACUUUAGAACGAAAAAAAAAUAACUGUAGACUCAACCGAAAACUGCCAAAUUCUUGAACGAAGCAAAGCCAAAUGUAGCAUCACUUGGACUUUGUUUCGACACUUCACAGGGAUGUGAAAGAGAGAAAUCUGACAUUUAAGCCAAUAAAGAAAUACAACAUUAAAAAUACUAAACCAAA